UUAUUUUCAUGUGUGUGUGUGUACUGAAAACUUCCUGAGACCUAAACGUUGUCACUAAUUAUUUAAGUUAAACUUUUUAACUGAAAUUGUCCAGCUGCACUGUCUUUUUUAACCAGUUUUUAUAAUAUGUUUACCGAACACUGAGAAUCCUCUUUUGGCUCGAGUAAAAUGGUCAGCUUUCUCUUGAUGUAAACUCUCACUAAAGUUUACACAGCUUGGAGGAUAGCCCUCUAUUUCAGGACAACAUUCCAACAUACUGUAUAAACGGGUGCUAAUACCUUAUUUUAUUAUAUAAACACCAAUGAAAUACCAGGUGAGCUUUCGCGCGAAAACUUGACGUCUUGACUGUAAAAAUAACAGGUUAUCUUCACAUGUAAAAAUAUCACCAUUGCUAUGGUUACAUAAUAAAUCACGCCUUUCACACCAAAAAACUAUUGACUUGAAAUGGUUUGGUAUUUCAUUGGUGUUUAUAUAAUAAAUAGAUCAUUACAUGGCCGCUUCGUAUCUCCAAGCGGCCAUGUAAUGUUCUAUUUAUUAUAUAAACACCAAUGAAAUACCAAACCAUUUCAAGUUAAUAGUUUUUUGGUUUAUAAUUUCGUAUCUCCGCGCGGUCAUGUAAUAUUCUCUAUAUAGAAAAUUAACGCUGCAUGGAAUUAAAGUAUUGGAAAAAAGGCGACUUGAAUCAACGCAAAUUUGGUGGAAAACUAUUUUUGAAUAAAGAACAUUAACGCGAAAGAGAGGGUGACAUUUUAAAAUUAAGGAAAUUCUGAACGCGACCUUAACAAAGGAAGAAUUGAACUUGUUGAGACAAAGGAGAAAAGUGAAACGUAUAAUUCGAAAUGGACGCUUUGUUCGUGGUUCUUUUCUUGAACGUACGAAGGGGGUUAAGCGAAGAAAGCUGGCCACUUAAAGCGUUCUACACUGUUUCACUGUAACUGGCGCAUGUCCACCUUGUCCAUCCUUCUUUAAUGUCAAGAAUGUCAAAAGUGCAUUGAGAAUUUGGGAUCAAAAUAAUGGAAAUUAAGGUCACGGAAAUUUACGCUACAGUUAAUCAACAGCGCUAAACUUAACGUUUACAGAAAUUAACGCGACUAAAAUUAACGCAGUUUUUUUCAAAAUUGCGUUAAUUUCAUGAAGCGUUAAUUUCCUCUAAAAAGGAAGUUCUUUUCAGGUUCAAACCAGGCAGUGGGCUUGCAACAAUCCAAGGUCCGUUACUUGCAACUGUGGAGCAAUAGUUCGUCUUAAGCAUCAUCUGAUUAAAUUUAGCUGCUGUAAUCCGACAAUGAUGCGAGAUAGUCACACACCCAUUCAAGUUGACAUACCAGGCCCUAAAUGUUUGCCACCAGGUCUUUCCUUGAAGAAAAAAAUCUUUGGUUCGAAUAUUGGUUAUGAGGUACGUGCUGUUUCACAUUUCCUAAUGGUUUAUUAUAAAAAAAGAAUUUAUUGUUUUUCCUUAUGGCACCGUGCUAUCAGAGCUUUUUCUUUACUUUAGUGCUCGAUUUUGGCGUAGUCAGAAAUACUGAGCAUGAGUCGCAAUCUCGACUCAGAGCUCUUCUGCGCAUGUAGAGGAGAGAGAUUACGCGCGCAUUCCCAAGCCCGUUAGCACUGGGGUCGAGAAUGCAUGAGUCGAGGAAGAUCUUUGUUGAGCAUGCGCGGCAUGUUGCUAGGGAUACAGUUCUGAGCCUAGGCCUAAUAGUCUUGCGUUCGAUCAGUUAUGGCCCAAAUUUUAACAACAAACGGUAGCUCACACUCGGAAACAAGUUUGACAAGAGAAACAAGAUUGACUAGUUCAGAAAUCCGGGAAAUUGAACGGGGACUUCAAAGGCUUAACGUGAUUCAGGCAUAGCCUCGUUUUCAACUCCCCACUCCUCAAAAGGCAAAAGAAGAUCAAUGCGUUCGUAUGUACGCAGGGUGUAAUAAAGCAUGUCGAGCUUUUGUUCUUCUGCACUUUCAAAAAUUCUAAGUCCUUUUUUGACCUCAGUUGCUGCAUCAAAUUCUGAAAGAAGUUUACAUUACUGUAAGCUUUUGCAAGAGGGCUGCAUUUAUCGUCAUAUCUUGAAGAUUUCGCGCAAAAUGUCGGUUAGUCUUUGUCAAGUAUGCAUGUAGCUAAUUCGAAAAAGGUAAAGAUGUAUGGCAAAUUUACGAUGUUCCUCGAUAUCUAUGGACAAUUUGCAGUGAACCACGAAGGAGAGUGUUUUAACAGUUAUUCAAAAAUAACUGAAUGAAUGUUAGAGUAAUGCGAAUUCUUUGUAAAACUUGUUUAUAUCAACCAAAAAAAUGAACGGACAUUUUUCAGGUUUAGUUCAUCUUAGUACGCUGUACUGUCAUCAGUGCCGUAAAACAAAGACGAAGCUUUAAUGUUGCUUUUAAUAACACCCUUCACCUCAGUUUGAAGUUGUCAUGUCUUGUCAAAAUUGUGUUGCAGUAUAUAUUACCAUCCGGGAUAAAAGUACAGUUAGAAAGGAAUCACUGGGGCAUCGAUGUCUCGAUUUAUACUCCUAAGGCUAAUGGAAUUCAAAAAGGUCUGUGUACGUACCAAGGUACUUCCGGUGGACCACGGUUGAUUGAUACAAACUUUGGAAAUCAGCAAAGGUAUAGUAAUAUUAAAUUGAAUAGUAUAAGCCAGUUUGAUCAUGGUAAGGUAAAAAGGUAAAGGCGCACACGAGCCAAAGGCCCAAACGGCUGGAGCUUAUCCCGGUUUCAUUAGCAUGAGGCACCUAGGAGUAUUGCUACCCCCUCUGGACGGGAUGCUAGUCCAUCGCAGGGUUACCCACCAGGAGUUUGUCGCCGGUACUCAUUUAUACACCUGGGUGAAGAGAGACAAAUAAAGUUCCUUGUCUAAGGAAACAACGCGACGGGCGAGGCUUGAACCCCGCACCUCCUGUUCCGUAGUUCGAGGUGUUGACCACUCGGCUACACACGCCUCCACCAGUUAUGAUCAUGCUACCUGUAAAAUAAGCUCUUAAUUUCAUUUUGGAGAAAGCGUGACAUACCUUGGACAAAAUGAAAAGGAAUGCCAGACCGCCCUACCCACCAUCCCCCCUCCCCCGUCAAAUACGGCCGCGCGACAGCGGAGACGCACCAUUUUACCAUCCUUGAUUUGGUGGAAAGGGAGGUGUUGUGAAAAUCGUACGUCUAUUUUGUCCCAGAUUGUUAGUCGAAUUUUGUUGUGUUAUUGUUUUGGUUCUUUGCUUUAAUUAUUACAAGUAUUUAGAACGUUACAGCCUUACGUACUUUCUUGACUCUUUAUGUACGUACUACUCAAUUACAUUCUUCUAAGUUGAGUUGGUCUUUUAACUUCAGGGCAUCGCCAAGCUACUUCGAUACGCUUCCUGCUGACGUCAAUUCAGAUAAAGAUGGUGUGGAAUAUGAACAAUCUUGUAGCUGUAGUGAAACACAAAAUGAUAAGCACACUGAUGACUGCGUGGAUGGCAUUCCAGUUGUCUUAGCCCAAGGCUUUUUGAACCAAGGAACAGCAGGGCAGAGAAUAAAAAAAUGUCACAAGAAUAUUGCCUCACGAAAGAAAAGAGAAAUAAGAGAUGUAGUAGAAGGGUCGGACGAUUUAACGGACGAGGAUUUUAGAUUGUUUUACAAUUCCCUGGAGACGGAUGAACAUAAAAGAUCAAAACGAUCAGUUAAUUCGAUUUCUAAGGAAAAUGCAACGCGAUACUGCAAUGAGAAAUUGGCGGAUACUCCAGUGGGAAAGUUGUGCGCCAAAAUGGGAACGAAUGUACAGGCACUGGUGAACGUCUGCUCCUCUGACAUCGAGGUAAGUAUCCUCAAAGCUAUCCAAAAGGAGACAGAUCGAAACAGCUGGCAAAAUUUUAUUUAAUUAGCUUCUUUAGACAAGAAAAUGCAUAUAACAAUUAUGAGGCUCAGGAGCAGUCGGUCGGGUCGAAGAAAUCGUCGCAACGUUUCCCCCAACACGACUGACUCCGAACUGAGCCUCUGAGGAUGACCGUUGAUUCAGUAAAGUCACAAAGGAGUUCCAAGAAAAAUGCUCGUAGUACAGUCCUAUCACAACAAAGGAGAAGAAAAUUACUAAGGGACAAUUCAGGCCUGAUGAACGUCCUGAUCACCUUCGUCCCCUGGGUUCUCUCCCAAAAAGUAGGAGAGAACUCUGCGAAAAAAGAAGCCUUUAUUAUAAGCGUUGUUGCUUGCCUUCGCUCGACUGAACAAAUAACGCCUGUUAUGCAGGCUAGGAGCAAGGUUUGGCCCAGAUUUACUCUCCUGAACUUUCUUCACGAGCAUUUAUUGUACCCAUUCUUCAAAGCUUUGGCUCAAAGUGUUGUCUCAUGCAGUUACCUCGUUAAAGGGGCCAAGCCAAGCUAUCACCCUGGGUGUCAGAAAAAUAAUGGUCCAAUUUUGCAGUCUGCUGGAUUAAUGCUUGAAAUUCAGUUGGGCAAGUACUCAUUCUGCAACAAAUUCACUGCAACCUGAUUUGUGGUAAGAAAGGUUUGAACAUGGGUGGUAAAGCACUAAAUAUAUAUACCGCGUUUCAAGUUAUUAUGCAGCAAUGCUGCAAAACAAGUUUCUCAUUGUUUUACCGCUGCUUUAGUCUUUUGGGAUCCUGUCGUAGAGUCCUGUGCGCUUAUAAAACUUUGUAGUCCACCUAUACCUUUCUAAGCCGAAAAAAACAAGAGAACAUGUAUGUAUUAUGUAUGUCUUUCCAUGGUCUGUUUGCAGUUUACUGGAGACUUAUCGUUUGCCGUUGGAGCUGUUUCCAUGUUGAUGAACGAAUGUAACGACGCACUUAUAAAGAAUAUAACAUUACCUGCCAGUAAUUCUACAACUAAUAAUACGUCUAAUAGCACCCAGGAGGUGAUAAUACCCGCUAUAGUAGAAGAGAUUGGCCAGCUUUUGUGUCCUAAUGACUGUGCAUCUAACGGAAAAUGCGUCAACGGCUCGUGUAUUUGUAAUAAGGACUACACUGCUGAAGACUGCUCUAUAUCAUUGUAUCAAGUACCAGAUAUUUCAAGGUUAGUGCUCUGUCUCUGUGAAACAGAAAUAACUCAGUCGAUGAAAUUAAUAUAGGAAAAUCUUAAAACGCCUUGUUAUGCCAGAUUCUUUAAAUUCCCACCCUGCUUCAUGGAAAAGUAUUUGUUACGCACGUGAAAAAUAUGUUGCAGCAGUGGUGAGUACGAGUGCUGUGUUUCCUUGUGUUAAACAGCAAAUGGAAAGGCUUGAAAAGUAAGACCCGGUGAAAAGGUAAAAGAGUGCACCAGGUCCAAAUGGCCGGAGCUUAUACCAGACUCCUUAGCAUGAAGCAUGCCUAGGGGUAUUGCUACUCCCCCCUCCUUGCUCGGUCAGGACGGCAUGCUAGUCCAUCGCAGGGAGUAUGUCUUCGGUACCCAUUUAUACACCUGGGUAAAGAGAGAGACAAAGUGGGGUAAAGUUCCUUGUCUAAGGAAACAGCACGACGGGCGAAGCUUGGAUCCCGGACCUCCAGAUCCGAAGUUCGAGGCGUCAACCGCUCGGCCACACAUUCCUACACAAGGAGGGUUAUAAGGAUUUAUAGCUAUAGUAUCCACAAGACUUUGCGGUCUUGUAGCUUAGGGUUAAGUGCCUAGAUUUGCCGUCUCUGUAAUGUUUUAAUCUGAUAAAUUCAAUUUUUUUGGUUUUUCUUAUUGUGAAUUUUAUCUUUCAGACUUCAAACAAAUGGUUUGUGCGAUAGACGAAUAAGACCUUGUAAGAAAGUUUCGGUGUUUGGAAAUGGUUUUCUUAAUUCUACAAACAUAACUUGCCAUAUUCAGGAAAUUGAGGUAUCAUGUUAUGAUGAUAGUACAUCUUAAAUUCUAUCCCAUAUUUAGAUGACAAGUAAGUCGUUGCAAAAGCAAAAAAAAGAAACAUUAUUGCAUUUAUAACUUAGUUACGUAGCCUACAGUCUCUUAGAUGCCUAGGUAUGGACUAAGUUUUGAAAAUACGUUCUCCUACGCGAGUUCGUAGAUCUUGUUUAUCAAGCAUCAGUAAUCCUUUAAGAAACGUAGGGACUGUUACAUUUGAUGCUACGAAUACAAACACAACAUGCAAACACAAAGUUCAUCGAUCUUCCUUUAGAAUCCUUUCUUUUUCUUCGAGGUGAAUAUUUUGCAUUUUUCUGAAUCUGCUUGAAAGCGCGUGGCGUACGAGAGGCACUCUGGGGGAGUAAGGGUGGCGCAUGCUUCCACGUACCAGUGUGGUCCCGGGUUCGAAUCCUGGCGUCGACGCCAUAUGUUGGUUGAGGUUGUUGCUGGUCCACUCCUUUGCUCCGAGAGGUUUUUCUCCGGGUACUCCGGUUUCUCCCUCUCCUUAAAAAACCAGCACCUCUAAAUUCCAAUUCUAUCUGGAACCCACGGACGCAUUUCAGCGAGUUCUUAAGAAAUCAUAAGUGUUCCGUGGGUAAACAAAUUACUACAAACUACAAAUUUACAAGGUACCAGAAUUUGGUUACCCGGUUAAGGCAAAGCGCAAACGAUGAUCUCUCUACGGAUAAAAUCUUUAAAUAGUUAUUUACAUUUCAUUAUUCCAUAGCGCAUUCUCAUUUUAAUUUCUGGGGCUGAGUAAGAUAUGAAUACAAAAAGAAAAUAAGCCUGACCAAAUUGCCUUAAAAAGGGGUUCAAUACACGAAGCCACAGUAUAAUUGCCCCCCUAAAUCGCCUAAAUUUUCUUCACCCUUAAAAGUAGGCACAGUUACUGGUACAUGGCUAUCGUUUCUUUACUUUUUUUUUUCAUGUUACUGUCAGGUUGUCAACAGUUCGUGGACACCAGCGACGAAUGAAUCACAAUACUCGGGUGCCAUGACUGACCUUGUUAUUGUAGAGUGCCUUCUUCCAGACUCGCCAGUGAGGAGUACCCAGUAUGAUGAAAAGACCAAAGGAAUUCCAGCUGCAGGGCUGAUGAUAUCUGUGUCAAAUAACGGCAUUCACCAAAGCAAACAGAAGCUAAAAUUUAUAUCCUAUGAUUCAGUUUGUAUGGAGUGCAAUGUUUCCACAGGUUGCGUUCUUAAGGCAAGCUUAACAAUUUUACCCUGUUUUUUUUUGGAUGUGUUAGAGUGAGAUCGAACUGACUUUGGAAUGAAAGUUUUCAGGCAAUAGGCCAUUAAGUGUUACCGAUUCAUUACCAUAAUCAGCUUCACAAACUUAUCGUUAUAAUGAAAAAAAAAAAGGUUUUAUAAUCGAACCUGGCUGUCUGCUUUAGUCGAGAACAGAGACCAACACAGAACGGAUUACAUACAUACAUACAACUACCAGGACAAAAUACCUGAAUAGGACUGUUGUUAUGGACAGUGACUGACGUUUCGGCAACCUGUGAGGUAGUUAUCUUUAGAGUCAAAGUGUUAUGUUAUUUUUAUUUCACAAUAAGGACAAAUCCUGCUUUAUCAAAGGCUACUGUUUUGCACCGAACGAACCAAACCCAAAGGACUGGUGUCAACAGUGUCUUCCCGAAAUUAAUAAAGCCGACUGGACCAAACGCCAAGGUACGUUCGACAAGGUGCUUGCCAUUAGCUUUACAGUUACGACAGUGAACGGGUGAUCAUUUCCAAAUAAGAGGAGGAAUAGGGGGUUGCCAUUGGUCAGUUUAAGGCAAUUUAAUUCUUCCAUAGACAUUUUGUAAAACAUAUUUUGAAAUGAUGAAUAUAAUUACGAACUUCAUAUCCUCGGAAGGGUGCCAUUUUUACGCAAGAGCGAUCGCAAAAAGGAGAAAAGCGUGGUUUCAUUUACGCAUGAGCAGAAUAUUAUUUGCUGUCAAACACAGACGAAAUUGCGCAUGAGCAGACCAUUAUUUUUGGCAGUUAUUUGCAGGUCACGUGGUGGGCUCUCGGCCAAUGUAAAGGAAGAAAAAUUUGCAUCGAAUGAUAAUAAUUCUUCUUUCUGUAUAUACUUUCAGUCAACCACCCUCCCAACGCUACCAAUAUAACUGACUACUAUGCGGUAUACGGCGAGAGGCUUGAACUGCCAAUUGAAGUAUCAGAUCCAGAAGGAAUGCCAAUAACCAUCUGUCUACUGGAAGGAAGUCCUAGGGACGCAACAGUGCACAAUAGUGUACUUCUUUGGAACGUCACAACAAACAAAACCACACAUUUUUAUUUCAAAGCUACUGACGCUUGCCAAGCUUCAUCGACUUUUAACAUCACCGUCACAGUAAAUUUUUGCUCAUGUCAAAACAAUGGUAAAUGUGUCCCUCAAUCCCCGCGGGGGCGAGGGUCGUAUUUGUGUGACUGCGCUCCCGGUUACACUGGAAUGAACUGUUCAACUGAAAUCAAUGAAUGUGAUUCUUAUCCCUGUUUCAGAGGUAAGUGAUUAUUUUUUCAUGCCCAACCGGUGGACAAUUGUUACAAACGACAUCCGAAGCUUGAAACAUGGGCAUGUUCUGAUUUGGGUCUAAGUGUCACACACAUAUAAUCUUCACUGGUCAGGAUUACCAUCAUCGUUUUCUUUACAUUACCAUCGCUGAUAAUUGUUAGAUGAUAACAACAGUUUAGCAAUAAAACCUUUCACAGUUUACCAAUAAUGGUUAUCAUUAUUCUUGAUAGGCUUUGCAAAAUAGUUUGUCUUCUUCAGAUUAUGAAGUCGUUGUUUCGGUUUGUUGAUGUCAUUGUCAGAGCCAUCAUCGUCAUCGUCAUCAUCAUCAUUACCAUCAGCAUCAUCAUUAUCAAAUAUCAUCAAAUUCAUUAUUACUAUUAUUAUCAUUUAAUUGAAAUAUAUGAAAUGAAUCAUAUUAAGAUCAUGUUUAUGAUUAUUAAAAAUACUAUAACAAUCGUCAUCAACAUUAUCGUUACUAUUGACGUUUUCAUUGAUAAACCCCGCUUAUUUGUUAUUUGUUAUUUUCUGGCUUCCAACAGGUAGCUCUGAAUAUCAUUCAUAGACUAACACAUUUAUCAAUAUUAUCACAUCAGGUCAAUGCCAGGAUCUACUUAACAACUAUACCUGUAUCUGUGAACUCGGAUUUGAUGGAAGAGAUUGCGAAAAUGAUAUCAAUUAUUGCAAGCCAUCGCCCUGUGUACACGGUAAAAUGUUAUGUUAGCUUAUUUAUUAUUGAGAGCUAUUAUUUUCGUUUCAAUAACCAAGAUCGCUUCUGGGACAGGAAAGUGUAUUUCAAGUGACAGACGCGAAUAUUUCAUCGAUGUUAUAGAAUUAAAGUAAUUCAAAACUAAAUGUUCAUUUUUAUACUGCUUUGUUUAUUCAAGUUGUUCGAUCUUAUUCUAGCCGAUAUAUCAGAUGAAAAGUUUGUUUCGAAUCAUUAAGAAAAUUCUUAUUAUCACUAACAUAAAAUCAUUAUUAUCAAUCACUACUUCUAAAGAUUUUUACUAAGCGAAACAACUCAAAGUACCUUGCUUGCAUGCAAAUAAUAACCCGUUUUAGAAUUAACAACCAGUUUCUUUUAACUCUUAAGUCACAGUUCCCCCAAUUAGCAUAAUUAUUUUCUUUUUCGUAUUAUAAAAAUAUUUAUGUACAUUUUGAUCACAGGUAAUUGCACUGAUGAUAUUUAUAGUUACAUCUGCAAGUGUGAGGCCGGUUGGACUGGAAAAAGAUGUGAAGUAGAGAUAGACGAAUGUGAAUCAUCACCGUGCGUCAAUGGUAACAGAUCUUUCCUUUUACCAACAUUUCUUCCUCAAUUUGUCCGCAAUAAGUUUUUUGUCGUAAAUUUUGUUGAAUAUGAAUGUCCUGCUGUGUGUUAUCCUGUGUAGCACUGUUCGUGCGGAACACAGCAUUACUUGAUUCGGUAGCCUGUACAAAAGUCUUGAUCGAACGCGCCAAUUACAUUCAACCUAUACUUAUGACAUCCAAUGCUGAGAUAUUUGCUAAUUAUUGCUUCAUAACGACGGACCCUUGUUGAGAAACUUUGAAGGGCUUCGUGAACCCGUUUCGUCAAUGAACAGUUGUCUGUUAAAAAAGAGCGCGGGCAACAGAGCUAAUCGAUUACGGAUCAUGUCCAAUACCUUGAAUUCUUUUCGAUUCAUUUGUUCUGGAAUAAAACCUCUAUAUACUUCCUCCUCCCCUAACCUUUCUAAAGCCCCGUUCAAACGGACGCAACAAAUAUUGGUGGCCAACAACUCCCAACAUUGUUGGAUGUUACUUGUUGCGUCUGUUUGCACACCCUGUUACAUGUUGUUGCGUGUUAAUGGGAGAUGAUGCACCAAGUUUGAAACUGGUCAAACUUUUAGCUACGUGCAAACUGACACAUCAACUCUCAACACUGUUAGACCAACAAAGUUGGGAGUUGUUGCGUCCGUUUGCAAGUGGCUUAAGGUCACGGAUACGCACGACAAAUUUCCGAACUGCCUAUUUUCACCACCACAGUACUACGCAAAAGAAAUCAGAGCGAACUUCGCCGAAAUUUGGCGAAAUUCGCUCUUACAAUUGGCACUUAGUACAAUUUCCUUUAUGUUGAAGGGACAUGCAAGGACCAGUUAAAUGGCUACCAAUGUCAGUGCCAAGUGGGAUAUACUGGGAAAAACUGUGAUGUAAACAUUGAUGAGUGCCAGUCAUCUCCUUGCAAAAACGGUAUCAUAAUUCACUUUAUAUGAAGCUUAACCUUGUAAACUCUAGCGUAAUUGAUAACUUAAUCGACGGAUAACUUUGGUUAUCGCCGAGGCAAUCGCUGUAGAGAAGAACAUAAACUGUUUGUCUAGUCAACGUUAAUUGUUUGUAAUAAUUUGAUGUGACGAUUUUGUUCAUAUAUUUGUUUGAUUGUUAAUAUUUUCGCUCAGCUCGUUCGUAAGUAUUCAUGCGCUGAUACGUAAGACGACCCAAAUAUGAGAUUUGAUAUCAGUUCGGUUCCACUUGUACGUCACGACGGAAAAACAAACUUACAGCCCUGUACUGAAUCCUUAAUAACCUAUUUAUUCGAGUACGAACACGUGUUUUGAGUAAGAAGCCUAUUUAAGGCCGUCAGAUAGUAUUUGAUUUCGUCUUUAUGAGCAGAUAAAUUUUAAAGAAGUAAUGUCGAUUUUUAAUGGCGCCGUAGCAGCUGCAUUCUGUUAAGUUUCGGUUUUGAUUUAACGGUCACAUCUAGUAAGGGAGUUAUAUAGCACAUAUAUGCUCAAAGUUUAACGCUUAUGGUACUCAUACCCAAGGAACUUGCCUGGACAAGGUGAACGGCUUCAGUUGUACCUGCGACGCUGGAUUCAGUGGAGUAUUAUGCGAAGUUAAUGUGGACGACUGCCGUCAAGCUUCCUGCGGAAAUGGUGAAAUAUUCGCAAUUACAUUUUACUCUCGUAAUGCACUCAUUUAAAAUUUAAUGUAAGUGAAAACGAGCAAUCAAUGCCACCGCCGCUCGCAUGACUACACUCCUGUCACGUGCACUUAUCAAGUGUUAUCUCUUAACCAUUAAACCCCCAGAGUGACAAAUUUUACCAUGACGUUUUCAAUGAGUAAAUGAGCAGCCACUGGAAAAAAGAUCUGAAAAUACAUCGGUAUCAGAUCAUGAUGAUGAUGAUGAUUAUGGAAAUACAACACGGUAUGCUUUUUGAACUCUUCCAGAACUUAAACUAUAGCGAGGUCAAGUUCGGCGUAUACACAAUUCUCAAAUAGCCCUUUUCCUUUCUCCCGUUGCUUUUGUUAGACCCGAAAGGUAAAGCCAGCAUAGGAAUUAAAAUGUUUUGAAAUAUUUGCUGACUCAAUAUAUCUGUAUCGAUCGUCAUAGAAUACCCGCUAUAAAAAUAUAUAUAUUUAUAUAUAAGGCCCGAGGCUCAACAUUCAUUCAUGGAUAUGGAUAGUUGAAUUUUAAAUGGAGAAAACAUUCGCGACUACAAUGAGUGUAACUUUUUCUUUGUUUUAACUCAGGUACUUGCCUUGAUGGAGUGAACAAUUACAGCUGCAUUUGUAAUGCUGGUUUUACGGGGCGACACUGCGAUGUUCUUAUUACAAGUUGUAGCAACGAUACUUGUUUCCCCGGUGUGCCUUGUACGGAAAAUAAUAACUCUAUCUCCUGUGGUUCUUGCCCAUCUGGUUUCACGGGGGACGGGAAAAACUGCAAAGGUAGGAUAGAAAACAAGGUCGUGCAAUAUUCAGACUUAAUCUGGCCAAUGUCAGCCUCUCAUCAUAGGCGACCACACCUUCGCAAGCGACCGCGACAACUUUUGAAGGUGACGGUCGGCUUUCCUUUGAUUCACCCUUCCAACAUACCAUUUGACAAAUGGUGUGAUCGAUAAUCACUGUAAAUUGGACAAUACUACAGCUCACAACCACUGAAGAGACACAGUCGGAGAUUUUUUUUGGUAGCGAUUUCUUUUUUUAACUGAGAUCGAGUACAGUAAAAGAAAUGUUGGACCUGUUAUUGGUAACGUAAAAAGUUACCCCCACACCAAAUCUUAAACAUAAUUAUGGUUACUCCCAUACAAAAGGUUCGACUUUACAUGUAUAUCCACGGUCUAAGCUAGACAUUGCAAUUUACUUUUCUAAAUUCCUUUGACAGAUAUCGAUGAUUGUGCUAGCCACCCAUGUUUUAAUAACGGUUCGUGCUUGGAUGCUGUCAACAGCUACUCAUGCAAUUGCUUAGGUUUUAACGGAAGUCGUUGUGAGAUAAGUAAGUUUCCACGUUGUACGUACGUUGUAUUUGCAUCUAUCCACACAAUCAUCCCAUCAACAAUAUAUCUAUCCCCUGAUAAUUUCAUUCGUACGUUUCUCCAUCCCGGCUUUCUUCCCGACUUGUGUUACGCCAAUUUAAAGACUAAAUUUUCUGGUGAUUAUCUUAUUUACAGACAUCGACGAUUGUGUUAAUCACACCUGUGCUAACGGUGGAUCUUGCAUGGAUGGCGUAAGUACCUACACUUGCAAUUGCCCACCAGGUUUUACUGGAAUGUAUUGCGAGAAAGGUAAAGUUUCUAACACUUUAGAACUUUUAACACUUAUUUUCCAAAGAAUCCAAUAAUUCCACUGUUCUGUCAGGUAUAAAAAGUUGAGACAGUUUUUUUGUAAAAUGGUUAGUUUUAACUACUUUCUAUUGCCAAAAUAAAUUGUAAAAUUCAUUGAGUGAAUUUAGUUUUUCAAAUAGGUGUACAGCAAUGAGUCAUCUCCUAUUUUUAGCGAUGGAUUAUAGAUAUGGUAAUGGUUAUAAGUACUACCACAAGAAUCCCAAGAUUAGGUGUUGCGUUUUCCUAACGUCGAACGCAAUUAAUAGUAGUAGUAGUGGUAGUGGUAGUGGUAGUAGUAGUAGUAAUAUUCAGGUGAUUAUUAUUGACCACUCCAGAAAAUACCGUAACAUACCAUAAUGCACUUUGCUCUCAAAUUUUGCAUAAGCAUUGUUUUCAGCUUCUGUUGGGACCAUUUUAACUCCCAAGAGAAACUGAAGAUAAUGUUUAUGCAAAAUUUUGGGGUGAGAAACAAAGAGUAUUAUGGUAUGUUAUGGUAUUUUCUGGAGUGGUCAAUUGUCAUUCUUUAUUUACAGACAUAGAUGACUGUAUUAAUAACACAUGUAAAAACGAUGCCACAUGCAUAAACGGCGUGAAUAGUUACACCUGCAACUGUUCAGUUGGUUAUACUGGAGGUUACUGUGAGAAUAGUAAGUUAGAAAAUUUCUUUUAUAUUAUCAGUUGGAAUCUUUUAGUUUUCUGUCAUUUACUAAUUUUUACGUUCUGUUUUGACGUUAUCGAACGGUCGCGCGGUAGUGCGAGAUUAAUAGACCAUUUGCACGAUGACGUAAAUAUGAUAAAUUGUCUUCAUGGGUAUUUAACUAGCGUUAUCCUAAUGAUUUUUAAAUAACAAUAGCCCUAAUUUGCACAAUAAAGCAAAACUCUGGAGGAUUAUCGUAGUAAUGGUAGUGGCAGAGGCAGCAGUCAGCAGGAGCGGCAGGCAGCUGCGGUGGCGGCGACGGCAUCGGCAGCACCAGCAGUAGCAGAAGCAGAAGCAGAAGCAGUAGUUGGUUAAGCUAGUUUUCAUUUCAGGGAUUUUAAUUAACCUGUCAUUUCCUGGCCAAUCAAAAAAUGGAAGAGUUAACGACGACAAUGUCUCCCAAACCUCUCAUGGGUUCGAUCGGCUGCUCAGUCACAACGUUCUGUAACGCUGACAACGACCAAUAUUGUUGUUUUCAGAUACUCUUUGGUGAAAAGAGGGGGUGGUAAAGAGAUUGUAUUAUGGAGAUUCGAAAACAGUCAAUCAGAACAAUUGUAAGGUCAGCCGCUUUCUUUUCAUUAUUAAAGGCGAGUUGGUCACCUUCAAGAUUGUUUCCCGUCCAGAUGAUGCCGCGCGUUCACGUCAUUAACAAGAGUGUUUCUCACUCAACCAAGUUUCUUUAGUUGCGUUUACGUUUUGUGCGUGGUUGCUUUCAGACAUCGAUGAUUGUAUCAGUGUUACUUGCAACAACGGCGGUACCUGUCAAGAUGGGAUAAAUAGCUUCACCUGUGUUUGUUCAUAUGGAUACAUUGGAAAAUUUUGUGACACAGGUAAGCAGAAAGUCUAUUUCUAAAAAUCAUGGAAGGAGAGAGGUAGCGUUUGUUUCCACUUUUUCAUGGUCGUAAGGCAUCUACAAUUAAGCGGGCAACAACAGCGUACAACACACCAAAGAAGACGCUGGAUACCAAGUUUUCCUGCCAGCGAAUUGAAUUUGAUUUUUCGUUACGUUCCUCAAUUUUCACUGCAGUUAAGCUGGUAACUGCAAUAAAUUGUAUAAGUUUUUUUUUUUCUGUGUCAAUAAUCUGCCUCGUAGUAUCGACCGUUUUGCCCCCCAAAAAGAAUCACUUUGACGAAAGAAACGAACUAUUGCCACCUUUCCCCCUGCGAGAAAGAGCUUUAGUAGUUCUUAAAAAAGUAAUUACCCCAGAUAGGUGAUUACCAUAAACAAACACCCUUUACAAACGACAAAAAUAAAUAAACAAAUAAAUAGAAGAACAAAUAACAGUAUUGUGGCUAGCAUGAUAUGGGCCGCUGCAAGUUAUUAGGUUAAGUCAACUCAAAUAAUUGUGUUUCUGUAAAUGAAUGGUAUAUUUUAUUUCAGAGUUACCGACUACAUCUUUAGAGAGUACCACAGAGCCGGCAAAACCAACAACCGAUGAAGUCUCCAAUGAACGGAAGACAGGUUGAUAGAUUGACAUCCAUAAAAUCAUAAGAAACAUGUUUGCAUUUAAACAAAUCAGUCCACGCAUUUUACUCCUUGACUUACACGAAAAUUGACGAAACUACCUUUUUUAAAUGGUGCUGGUUUCAGGCUGCUGUUUAACGGACCUACAUUGUAUAACAUCAUUUACAAUGCGACUCUGGUAAUGGCGGCAGUCUUGGCGACCAUCUUGACUUUUGCUAUAGUCGUGUUUUUGCGCACAAAAAAAAAUUCAGAAUCAACUUAGUGCCGCUGUUAUGUCAUAUCUCAUAACCAUGACAACCAAUUGUCACCAAACUUGCCAAAAAUGUGUCUAAACAUUGGAGAACCGCUAAAAAGAGGGGUGAGAUUCUGUAAGUCAGAGAAUUUAUCAUUAUCAUUAUUAUUGAUCAUAGCUAUUAUUAUUAUAGUCAUCAUCAUCAUCAUUAUUGUCAUUAUUAUUAUUAUCAUGUUUUUAUUAAAAACUGUGCUAUCAUUAUUUGCCAUUACGACAGAAAUAUCUACUUCACAUCUCUGUACAUUUUAUUUCUAACCAGAUUUCACUUUCGAAAUUCGUGUUAACGAGAAGUGGGACGACCAAUUAGAGGAUAAAGACAGUGAGAAAUAUAAGAAAAUAUCCACAUUGCUCAAAGAACAGGUACAGUUAAAAAAGGAUAUCUUUUAUUUUCUUGUCGGCAAAGCUUUUCAUUUGCGAAUCCCGUCUUAAUCCCUUUUCAUGUUACCCCGUAUUUGGCAUGGUUCAGCACAUUCCUACAUGUAGGUGAUUCUUACUACUAUGUCCAGCUUAAAGGGACUGGUUCACGAUAAUGCGCAUGUGUGAGUUCUGACAGUAGCUGAUUGUUUUUCAACCAAUCGGAAGCGAGUUAGAUGCACGCAAGUAAAUUAACAAAAUUCAAAUUAAUUGUUCGCGACGCGAGAGUAUUUCCGGGCAUUUGGUUUGAUUUUAUUUAUCCCCAUAAUUCAAGUUUAUUCUUUGCUACUCCUCAGAUAUAUGUUGCAGCCGAUAAGAAUAAGAUUUACAGCCCUGUCCUGCUUUGAAACAAACAUUUACCAACGUGUAUUUUUACGAGGUCGUACCCACGCUAACAAAACAGUCACCGAUCGGCAAACAAAAUUUGUAAAGAAACAUCUGAUUACUGUUCUCUCAGUUCGCCUUAUAUAAACCCAGAAAUACCUACAAAUAGCGCCUGAUCGGUGACAAAAACACACAACGUAUGAGUAUAAAGAUUAUCCUUAAUUGAGCAUAAAUUUCAAUUGCUUAUCAGCAAAUGAACAAAUUCAUUCGCGUUGCAUCGGGUCAGUGUUCCGCAAAACAAAUGUUAUCGAGAAGCACACAUAAAGUAACUAGAUUACAAACAGAAUAUACAGGCAAUAAUUUAUUUUAAAAACAUCAAUUCUUAAACAUAUACGAUCGUAAAGCAAAGAUACAAGGAACAUUUCAAGUGUACCAGAUCGAUGAAGAUCGCGCGGCCUGUUGCGGUAUAACUACAGGUCGGAGCCAAAAAUCAAAUCAAAGUUGAACGAACUCAUGCCUUUAACCACUUUCCAAGUGUCGUGUAUUCUUUUCCUAUGCCACACACUACUCCUAGAACCAUACCAGAUCGAUAGGCUAAGCUUGUCUAUCUCCAGAGACUCUUGAGAACGUCCUGUUGCCGGACGGCCACGAUGCUCUUCUGAACCUCCAUGAUCAAAACAUUAUUUUUUGCGUCUUCUUAAAACGUAACCAGUCAAACGACACAACCACACGUUAAUCACCACUACCGAAGUAUAACUAGACCAGCCAAAGCGACGGAUGUCCGAAUAAAACGAAGGAUUUUCAAUGAUUGUACCGGUAAUGGCAAUUUCGAAUUUAGUGUUGACCCGACAAAUUUAUUCUGAAGAGACAAACGACGCGCAUGCGCAUUAUCGUGAACCAGUCCCUUUAAGCUCGCACUGUCUUGCUUUCACUCGCGCUUCCAUAGUCACGUAUUUAAAUAAAUAGAGCCCUCUUUCCACAUGAAAUCAAGGUCGCCAUGUUGGUGUCCCAAAACAAUCAAACGGCGACCAUGAACUAGUCCUGUGGGAGUUUUUAAACUAUUUUCGUGUGCACACGUAAUAAAUAUUUUUCAUGGCUGCUGGCCCCGCGAGUGACGAGAAAGCACUAUGGUGGGCUAAGUGAAGCAACGAGAAACUGCCGCUUGACGUUACCAACGUAAUUUGUUCGUAAAUACAGAAGGGAACUCUAAAUUUCUCAUUUUUAGUCUAAUGCAUUCUUCCAUCGACUUUGCAGAUUUUAAAGGCAUAUUCUGGAAAUUCUGAACUGCAAAAUGUGGAGAUAAUUUCUUUAAGGUAAUGUGUAUUUAAAUGCUGAGAUUAUUAUUCUUGAGAUUAUUAGAAGCUUCAUCAUAACCACCAUUGAUAUCAUUUUUUAUGAAAAUUAUUAUUAUUAUUAUUAUUAUUAAUAAUAUGUGACAAAUCAAUCCUAAAUUUUGAGGCGAAUUUUUUUUAUUUUUAAAAUGCAGAUGUGAAAUAAGUAAGUGGUCGGUUCAAUUGCCUAAAAUUAGGCAAUCAUUUUACUUGUAUUUAAAUUCUAAUAUUUUCUCUCACCUAAACCGCGUGAAACUUUUCCCAAACUUCAAUCGUCACCAGUUGAUUAAACAUUGUACCGCGAAAAAAUUUAAAAAUAAUGUUCAAAAAGCUCUCUGUUCAGCGAAAUACUGAGGCCCCUUCAAAACCUACCGGAUAUUUUUUUUAAAAAACGCAGAUUUUCUUUUCGUCCACAUGUAAACGGCGUUUUCGUCCACCAUAACGCAGAUUCCCUUCCCAGCUUCCUGUUAUGUGUGGACGAACGAAAACGGAGGUUUUUCAAUAUGAAGAUGUCAUACAUCAGUCAUUUACUACUAGCAUUACGCAUGCUCUGUUAGGGAUGCUAUCAUUUCCAUUAUUUUUAAGCGUUUUCCUGUGGACGUGCGAAAUCAAUUCAAAUACGCUUCGUGUGGACGCGUAUUGUUGAAAGCGGAGAAACGAUAUUUUCUUUUUCAAGAAUAUCCCGUAUACAUGCAGACGGGGGCCUUAAUUUUUUGCGAUGGUGAAUUCAUUUUUUCUAUUCCAAUUUAUAUAGGAAAGGCAGCAUUAUAGCUGAAUUUAAACUGACGUUCAAAACAAGUCUAACUGCCAAAGAAGCCAUGGUCCCACUAAAGCAAGAAACAGCCGAUGGAAAAUUAGGGAGAUUAGACGUGGACUCAAACUCUUUAAAACUUAAAGACAACAAUCAAGGUAAAUGGGUUGAACCCUGGAUACAUGGCAUAAGUACAUUGAAUAUAUAUGGGCGUUGAGUAUAGCUCUUCUAGUGUCGACAUUUCUGCAGAGGUCGUCAACACAGUCAAAGUGAGUUGUAACAUCUGUCGAUAGUGUUAAGACUCUGCAUGGUAAUUGACAUGAUUGGUCAAUUAGGUCGUCACUCGCUGUAUCAAUUUAUUAUUGGCUGUGAAGACUCUAAACGCUUCCCAACAAUUCACCCACGUUUUUCUUAGUUAGUAAACCAGCUUUCUAAAGGGACUCGUUUGUAGUCAACUGAAGAGAACGUUAUAUAUUCAUCAGGACUGCAGACACCGCGAUCAUUCCUUUGACCAUCAUCAUUAGAUCUUUGAGUGAGAGUAUUUUGUGAGAUGGUAUUUCAUUUGUAUUUACAUGUAGUCACGGACUGCCUUUGAGAUAUAAAACGUAUUUCAUACGCAAUCAUUUUGUUUUAAAUCAUUGGAGAAAUUUAAGAUUCAUUGCUUCGACAGUUUUGUUUUAGAGAAUCACAGAAAGUGACGCGAAGAAAAUUUAGUAGUCGGUCAGAUUAUAUCAUUGUAAAAAAAACCCAUUAAAACUACCUUCAAUUGCAUAUUUUCGGAUGAAUGAAGUUUGUAUUCCACCCAAUUAUUAUUGUCUUACGCAGGUGGAAAUAAGGAGGAAGGGUCCAGCAAGUCGUCCAAUCUGCCGUUAAUUAUUGGGGUUACGUGCGGUGCUGUUGUGGUAAUUGCUGUCAUUAUAAUCUUGGUCGUUUUCCACUGUAAACGCUCUACUCCAGGUGGUAGUAACAGUCGCGUUGGUGAUGCCAUGCCUGAUGAAGGGAGCGGCUCGAAACGAGAGCGAUACGAAUUGAAACCAACAGAUUCGCAGGAAGAAAACAUUGUUUUGGUGGAGGAAAAAGGCAUUAGUAACCAAGGAAUGGAAUAAACGACCUUUUGAUACCUCAACCCCCGUCUUGUUUAAACACCCUGAUUUUCUGAUUGAACGAAAUACUAUUUAAUCCGAUGUAGAAAAUGUGCUUACAAGUGACGCUUCUUUCGACCGUAAUUCACUGUCUUCGAUGGGGCAGGCAAUUAUCGUCACAUGACCUCAAACUUGAAAGUUAAACGAAGAUUCUAAGCGCCUUAGAGGCAUCAGUUAUUUUAGGUUUAUAAAUACAAAAUUUUGCGAUUGCGGCUGUCUAUAUCAUAACAACAGGGGUAUUUAGCAAAGACAACGCGACAACGAUGGCGCUUAGAUCCAAAAACCUUUCUUGGCCGAUGGCAGAACGGCAUUUAAGCACCGGAAGUCGCGCUUAGUUACGCUUUCAUUUGACCUUGCGAUUCUUCUUUUCUUUUCUCUUUUUGCUAAAUCUUCUUGGAAUUUAUCCGUUACCACCUUAUUA